AUGGCGAUUCCGUUCCUCUUCUUAGCGGUUCACUGCCCGGAGAUCCCAGAGCAGCCGGGCCUGCAGAUCUCGACCCGCAACACGCAGAUGAAGACCCGGGUCCUCUUUUCGUGCCUGAACGGGACCCUCAUCGGCGCGGAAGAGAUGGAGUGCCUCCCCUCCGGGAAUUGGUCCGACCCGAUCCCCACCUGCGAGAACGUCGAGUGCGGGAGCCAACCGAACGUGACGGACUCCAAGGUCCGCGUGACGGUGAGGAGCCGCCAGGUCGGCGGGACGGCGGAAUUCCGCUGCCCCGAAGGCUUCGGGCUCCAGGGACCUCGCACCGCCACCUGCUCCCCCGACGGGGAAUGGACGAAGCCCCUCCCCACCUGCGAAGAAUCGGCCGAGGAGCGAGGCGGUUUGCUUCCGCAUCGGACCGAAUCGUGCCUGGCGGUUCCUGUCGUGCCGUUUCAUACCUGUAACCGGAAGCCGGCAGAGGUGGCGUGUCAGCCGCCUCCUGCCCCCGAGAACAGCCACUUCGAGCCGAAGGAAGGUCCUUUCAAGGGGGGAGAUGUCCUUCAUUUCCUCUGUCAUAAAGGCUUCAUGCCGGAAGGUCAACCGAUCAUCGUGUGUCAAGAGGAUGGCACCUGGUCCAAGGAACCCCCAAAAUGCGUUCGGUCGUGCGGGUACCUGGGGACUCUCAUCGGAGGCUCCAUGUCCGUGGUGAAGCACUACUACACGGUGGGGGAGACGGUGUCCUUCGAGUGCGAGGCGGGGAGGGUGUUGUCCGGACCGGCACAGGUCAGGUGCCUGGAGAACGGGAAGUGGUCCGGGGGGCUGCCCAUGUGCACGAAGACCAAGUGAGGAUCGCGCAGCACUGCCUCUCGAGAGACCGAGUGGGGGAUUCGCGCAGCACUGCCUUUCGACUGCCUUAUACCGUGGUGGUGGGGAGAGGACGUGGGCAGGUGCGCGGGGUCCGUCGAGGUGCUGCACCCGCGAGUUGUGUCGUCUGCGAGAGGAAGCCCGUACCGGUGACUCUGACGUCGUCGUGUGAUACGAACGCGAAACGGAGUUUUCCUUCCAUGUAUGAGGUACUUUGAGAGUAGCGCACGAGCACAUACACACACACACACACCACUUUCUUCAAGCAUGGCUGAUAACGCUUACUACUGUGUGCCUGUGGACGACUCCGUCGAGCGUCUCGGAAUCGGCUUGGGUCUACCCCUCACUCUGACGUGACCGCUUUUUCUGCCUCAGUUUCGCUUGUGGGAGACGUGGGGGGCAAGA